UCAUGUUCCCUCAGAAGCCUUCUUCAUAGCUCUCAGUUGUAUGGUUUUUCUUCAUUUCUGACCUGUGUCAUUUAUGGGCAUUUGCUGAUUACUGCACACAAAACAGUGACAUGGAACCCACAGUGAGUUCUACCAAAGGCUUUGGGGAGAAGAAAGUGGUGCCAGCCAAACAUUUCUCAUCCUUCUAAAUGUUUUUCUUCAAAAUCCAGAUGCUAUCUCUAAGAAGGAACAGCAGAAUUUACUAUGAGGGACAAGAGGCACCCACCUUGUCUCUAGACACUUGCCGUUGCAGGAAUGAACACAUGAAUGAAGACACAAACACUGAGAGUCUUCUAAGAAGCAUGGGGGGAAGGAAGAUGGCAAGAGAUGAGGAGAGUGCCUAUGGCUCAGAGGAGAACUUGCAGUCCCUGCAGGAGCCCUCACUGAGGCUCAUCCUGGUGGGCAGGACCGGGACUGGCAAGAGUGCCACUGGCAACACCAUCCUGGGCCAGAACUGCUUCCUGUCCAGGCUGGGUGCGGUGCCUGUCACCAGAGCCUGCGCCUCGGCCAGCAGGAGAUGGGCUGGCUGGCGCGUCGAGGUGGUGGACACUCCGGACAUCUUCAGCUUCCAGACCCUGCGAACUGACCCCACAUGCAUGGAGACUGCCCGCUGCCUCUUGCUGUCUGCGCCCGGGCCUCACGCCCUGCUGCUGGUCACCCAGCUGGGUCGCUUCACCUCACAGGACUGCCAGGCGCUGGCUGUGGUGAAGAGGGUGUUUGGAGAGCAGGUGAUGGCGCAGACCAUCGUGGUGUUCACUCGCAAGGAGGACCUGGCAGGAGACUCCUUGCAGGAUUACGUGUGCUGCACAGACAACCACGCGCUGCAGGAGCUGGUGGCCGAGUGCGGGGGCCGCGUGUGCGCCCUCAACAACCGCGCCACAGGCCAGGAACGCGAGGCACAGGCUGAGGAGUUGCUGGGCCUGGUAGCACACCUGGUGAGGGAGCGCGGGGGCACGCACUACUCUAAUGACUUGUAUGAGCUGGUGUGGGCCCUGCGGGGUAGUGACCCACAAGGCCAACUCGCCCAGGUGGCAGAGAAGGUGGCAGCAUGCAGAGAGAAGCCCCUGAGCACCUGGAGGUUAGCUGGGCUGUGGGGAUGGCUGAAGUCCUACAGGAAGGGCUGGAGAACUGGUGUGACUCUGUUCCUGGGUGUGGCCCUCAUGCUCUACCUGCUGUUCUACAGAAAGGUCCAGGCCAUUGGGGACCAGAAUAACAGAUGGUGUGUGCUGCCUCACUGUGGAUUUUCUUUUUCUCCUGCCUCUGGACUCUGGAUUCACGGCACUGCAAGUAGCUGUUCUGUGAGAACAUCGCUCAGCUGGCACAGGUCCUCCACCUGGCUGAAAGGCACCCAUGCUGGUGACUGGAGGCUGAGCACCCUCUGGCUUGGGGAAGAAGGAAUCCUCAACAGUGCAGACUGCCACGUGGAGGCCUGGAGGACCACCAGGGAGCUGCUCUGCUCCUCUCUGGCAGGCACUCAGAAGAGAAUGGAGGGCCUUCAGAAGAGCACAUAUGGAACUAUAGUUGACGGUGGAGGGAAAGCCUACUGUGCUGAAGAGUCCUGCCUGAGGAUCAUCCUAGUGGGCAAAUCUGGUUGCGGGAAAAGCGCCACAGGGAACAGCAUCCUCUGUAGUCCAGCAUUCCAGUCCAGGCUUGGAGCCCAGUCAGUGACCAGAACCAGCCAGGCAGAGAUGGGCACAUGGAAGGGAAGGAACUUCCUAUUGGUAGACACGCCCCCCAUCUUUGAGUCAAAGGCCCGGAACCAAGACAUGGACAAGGACAUUGGAGACUGCUACCUGCUGUGUGCCCCAGGACCCCAUGUGCUGCUGCUGGUGACUCAGCUGGGACGCUUCACAGUCCAGGACACCAUGGCCGUGAGGAGGGUGAAGGAGAUCUUUGGGGCAGGGGUCAUGAGGCACAUGAUUGUCCUCUUCACCCAUAAGGAAGACCUGGUAGAUGAGACCUUGGAUGAGUUUGUGACCCACACUGACAACCAUAGCCUGCGCAGCCUGGUCCAGGAGUGUGGGAGGAGGUACUGUGCCUUCAACAACAGGGCCUCUGGGGCUGAGCAGCAGGAGCAGCUGGCAGAGCUCAUGGCCCUGGUGCAGAGGGUGGAACAGGAAUGUGAGGGUGCCUUCCACAGCAAUGACCUCUUCCUUUAUGCCCGGGUCUUCCUCAGUGAUGGCUACAGUGAGCAGCAGGACCCCUAUAGGUGCUACCUGGCCAAGGUGAGGCAGGAGGUGAAGAAGCAGAAGCGGGUUCUGAAGGAGCAGGAGGGCAGCUGGAUAGCUAAAAUGCUUUACAAAGUCAAGGCCUGCCUGUGCUCCCACCUUGUAGUAUCUGCCUUCAUUAUUAUGUUUGGUUUGACUUUCAUCUUCAUUCUAAUUGCCGUGUAUAUUACCCAUUGGAACUGAGUCUUUUCAUGUGCUUUCAGCCAUCACCCCACUACCCCAAGGUCUGUAUCCGAGCACCUCAGCAGGGUGUUAUGCACUCUGCUUUCAGAUGACUAUUUCAGUGCCCUGAGAUCUGGUUACCACCCUGCCAUGGACACUGUUAUGAAUGUUGAACCAUCUGCCGUACCCAUGUGUGGUAAAGAAUGUUCCAGAGUUACCCCUGAUUGGGAUAAUUGGCACAGAGGCUGGGAGGGUAAGCCGAGUUUAGGGGUUUAUAAUCUCCCAGGCUCAGGUAAAAUAAAUCUAUCUAAAAUGUAUCAGGUGGGGCUGGGAAGAUGGCUCAGUGGUUAAGAGCAUUGGCUGCUUUUCUAGAGGACCUGGGUUCAAUCCCCAGCACCAACAUAGCAGCUCACAUCUGCCUGUAAUGCCAGCUCCAGGCUUCUGACACCCUCACACCACAGGACACCAACAAACACAAAAUAAAGAUAAUAUAUAUAUUAAAGUCUA